GAGGUCACUGAUUAGACCUUGUGAACUUCUGGCUGCAUUUGACUGAGCAAAUGAGAGCUAAACUUUUUGUCUUAUUACAAUUAGGGGUCAUCGCUUAUACUACGUCAAUAAACGUGAAAUAAAACAGGACUCAUGAAGUUCAACGAAUCAAAAAUUUCUUCCAUCAUCUCCAUGGAACCUCUGGGCUUGUCUCCAUCAGCCGUCUAUCCAAUGUUCCUUCUUGGACUGACAACCUACUGCCUCAUACUGGUCUUCAAUCUCACCCUCAUCCUCACCAUCGCCCUCAACAGGCAGCUGCACAAGCCCAUGUAUUUGCUGCUCAUCAACCUGCCCAUCAAUGACAUCAUGGGAGCCACUGCCUUUUACCCUCAGCUGAUUGACAGCAUCCUGUCCCAGGAUCGCACCAUCUCCCAGGCAGCGUGUUUCCUCCAGGCAGUGAUAGUGCACCUGUGUGCAGGUGGUAGCAUGUACAUUCUGACUAUUAUGGCAUAUGACAGGUAUGUCGCCAUCUGCCUUCCUCUGAGGUACAAUGCAAUCAUGUCCACGAAUCUCGUGGCAAAGCUUAUCACUGUUGCAUGGCUUUAUAACUUUACUUUUGUUGCAGUUAUUUUCAUCCUGCUUGCACGAUUCAGGUUCUGCCGGUCAGCCAUCACUGACAUGUACUGCAACAAUCCCUCUUUGAUGAAACUGGUCUGUGAGGAUGUAAGCAUUAAUAACUACUUUGGCUUGAUCACAUCAAUUUUUAAUGAGACGAUUUCACUAUGUGCAGUGGUGAUCACUUAUGUUCAUAUUCUGCUCACUUGUCUUGUCAACAAACGUGCCGAUGCCCAGAGUAAGGCCAUCCGGACUUGUGGCACACAUUUAGUGGUCUUUGUCCUUUAUGAGCUCACCACCUUGUUUACUAUUGUUUCGCAUCGAUUCAAUGAGGUGUCGGCUUUUCUGAGGAGAUCUGUAGGGGUCUCAUUUUUGGUUUUCCCUCCCAUCCUUAACCCCCUUAUAUAUGGCCUCAACACAAGUGAAAUUCGAGUGAAAGUAAUUCAUUAUAUAAGAAAAAAAGCAUCUAUUUUACUUCGACAGAGGCAAGUAAAUGUUUCAUAAGUACAUGCUUUUGCAAAUUAAUUGAUACAAGAUGCAGACAGACUGUCCACAGUCAAGAUGAACGUCACCAUGACAUUAAUUCAUACUUAUCGCCUUUGGGUCCGGAUUUAGGACCCGGUGGAUUGACAAAAAUUGCAUUAGAAUAACCCAGGAUGGGGCGCCAAUCCAUCACAGGCCACACACACCAUUCAUGCCUGUGGGGAAUUUCGUGACUCAAAUUAACCUUAAGAUGUUUUUGGACUGUGGGAGGAAACCAGAGAACCCAGAAGAAACCGCACGACAACACGGGGGGGUCACCCAAACCCCGGAGGAUUCACUUGAAACCUACAUGGACAGCUGAAGCACAGUCAUACCACACAGCCCUAACCCCACCUG